AUGGCGAGGACCCUCUUUGGUUUCGUAGCUGCCGCGGCGCUCGUCGUCGCCCUCGUCAUGCCGGCCGUCGCCGCGCAGGCUCCCGCGCCGGCGCCCGCCACCAGCGACGCAUCGUCCAUCGACCAGGGCGUCGCCUACCUCCUGAUGAUCGUGGCGCUGGUGCUCACCUACCUCAUCCACCCGUUGGACGCCUCCUCCCCUUACAAGCUCUUCUGAGUCCCUGCAGUGCAGAGGAGAGCCUUCUCAUUCUUUUGUUCAUCUUUCUCUUUUCCUUUGAUGGUCGAUAAGCUAGUGGAUUCUUGAGAGAUCGGUGCUGUGAGAUUCGUUUUGGACUCAUUAAUUCGUUCAUCGGUGGUGUGAGAUCGGUGGUAUUGUACUCUAGUGCCUGCGUAUAUUUUUGUCUGUCGUGUUCAUGUUGUU